AUGCUGAGUCCGAACUUGAAUGCGCUGCUUGGCAAGACGACCCAGAUCUCGAAAGGCCCGAUCGUAGCGGAGAGCAACUUAUGCGGGUCACCCCAGUACGAGACGUCGAACGUGUCGGUGCGGGCUGCAGCUGACGUGACAAACCAGCCAUGGUAUCGUGAUGCGUCUUCCCACGGUGCUGCAGCGUCGGAACAGAUCGCCAAAAAAGGUCGACGGGAGCGCAACGAGCGAGAACGUCGUGACGUCUUUGUGGAGAAGUGGCUGAGUGAGGCACAUCUCUGA